UCCUGCUCACAAUCAUUGUCAGUUUCUCAUAUGUGAUCGUGUACUGUAUACCAGUGAUUUGUGAAUUACUGAUAUAUUCAUAGAUCUCGCUAUCCAGUGGAACGUAACGUAGAAACGAGCAAAGUGGAAACCGCGGUGGACACUGAGGCUGGGUUGUAGUUGUGGGCUACGCUCACGCUAGGCUAGUAGUUACUUGGUGCCCGUUUACGUUGAACCAGCGCAAAUAUGGUUGUCAUAUGUGUCACGUCUGUGGACGGUAUUAGAUGUAUUUGAACAAUGUAAUAUACCACCUACAUUGCGCGGGUUAGUGCCACAUGGACGAUAGUAUAAUUCGACUAUAAUUGCACCUUAUCAGGCUUACCGGAGAAAAAGAAUACAUGCUUAAAGUAUGGUUAGAAUUAUCCCUGCAGCUCGGAUUACAGAGUUGUGAGUUGCAUCACACGGGAAUAAAGUAUCUAACGAAAAAUACUCAGGAGCAGCAUAAAUAACGACAAGUGGAACAUAGCAUUUUGCUGUUUUCUCCCUAAUUAGGGCCUUGACACAUCAGUCGUCGUUACAUUGGUGCCGAGAAACAACUGGUUGUAACGAAAGGGCGAUGAAGUAAAGCCAGGAGGAUGAUGAUGGGUGAUCAGUUUCGUAGUAAAGUGGAACAAUACUCACCAAAAUCAUCACCGAGGGGAGCCCGUUCCCCUGUAGUUUCACGUCAGGACUCGACAGGGACUCUCAAAACGACGAUUUCCCUUGGCAAAAACCCCUCUAUCGUCCACAGCGGACCUUUCUACUUGAUGAAGGAGCCCCCUGGGGAAAGUGAACUCACGGGGGCUACUAAUUUGAUGGCCUAUUAUGGUCUUGAGCAUUCCUACAGUAAAUUCAGUGGUAAAAAACUCAAAGAACAACUGUCUUCAUUUUUGCCCAAUCUACCCGGCAUUAUCGAUGCCCCUGGUCACCAAGAUAAUAGUUCGUUGAGAUCUGUGAUAGAGAAGCCUCCCAUUUGUGGCAAAGAACUUCUCCCACUUACAAGUGUACAACUUGCUGGAUUCAGAUUGCAUCCUGGACCGCUUCCAGAACAGUAUCGUUAUAUAAAUCAAGCACCGCAGAGAAAGCAUAAAAAUAAACACAAAAAACAUAAGCACAAGCCUGGAGAAACUCCAAGUGGUCAAGAGACAGCUACGACUGAUAUAGGUGGACCUGAUACUCAUGAAAAAAAACACAAGAAACAAAGAAAGCACGACGAGGAAAAAGAAAGAAAAAAGCGGAAGAAAGAGAAGAAACGGAAAAAACAAAAACACAGUCCAGAACAUCCUGGAGGUCUUACACCCUCGCAGCAUUCCAAUACGUGAUCGCCGACCUUUCCAUUCAUACUCAUCUAAUCGAUUAGACGAUUUGAUAUGCAAUAUGAAAUGAAAAGACGAGUUUUAGCUAUUUCAAGGUAACUCACUGAACUGCCCAUGUGCCUUGCUCAAUUUAUUAGUUCGGAGCCCGUUUACAGGCACAAGAUAUUGCCCGAUCCUUCCAAACCGUUACCUUUACAUUACCAGGUAAAUGUUUUAUCGGGAAUUCAUCAUAAUCAAUGGACUACCAAAGUUGAAUCUAAUUUUUACCUUGAUAAUUUAUGAUGGAAGUUCAUGGACGAUUUGACUAAACUCGUCUUUUCUUUCACUUUGUUAGUACGCCAUGUUAGUCUUACAAUCAUCCAAAGUGUAUCCAUAUGUAACCCACAACUCUAUGCCCUGGAACAAAAUUUCAUCGUAUUAGUUUCCAAACAAAGCUGAGUGUAUAAAACGUAUUGUACAGGUGCGUCGUCAAGUAAUCUAUUCUAUAGUUUCAUUAGACUCUUGAACAAAGUCGAGAGCAUACAACUAUAUUGUGGGAAGGAAAAACAUAUUGUAGACUGUAACAAAAUUUGAAUAUAAGCUAGUAGCUAAUACGUAGUCCUCGUACGUCCUCGUUUGUAGAUGUGCAAAUAACGGUAUUGAGAAAUUGACAAUUUUCUCCGUAAAGAAAGAUUGUUAUGAACUUUUUCAACCAGUUAUACAUACAGAUAUAUCCCACACGCUAUGCUCUGAAGCUCGUUGUAGCUUUAAUCAAUGAAACAGUAAAUAAGAAAAGCCAAUCAGAA